UUCUGCGAAAGCAAGGAUAAUUCCCCUACAGUUUGGCGUCAAUAUAUGUGCACAUCUGGGCAAGUUUUUCACCCACAGCGACAAGAGUGUGUUUCUCCUAGCGAGUUUCAGUGUCCUGUUAAAACACAGUGUCAAGACGGGGAUUAUUAUUCUGUAGAGUGUGGCGAUUUCUUUCUCUGUGUUCAAGGCAAAUAUAUAAUUGCCAAGUGUCCCGAUUGGACUCAAUGGAAUGGGGAAGAGAAGCGUUGUGUUUAUUCUGAUAAAUGUAGACGAUUCAAGGCAAAUUAAUUUUCUGACAGCCAAUAGGCCCUUUUUUAAUUUUAAUAGGACCAAAAACCUCCAACCGAUAUUUCUGUGUGUUCUGAUGGGGAGAUACACCCCUCCU